GUACGCCACGGGAGACUUCUUGGCAAUUGCCGGCACAUUGGUAUCCGUUAUGACCGUUAUUAUUGGCCUUAUCUACGCCUGGGCCAAGCCUCCUUCCUUCGAGUGGAAGUGGCAUGACUGCCCAUGGUCGAACCCAGAUGAGUACACUCUGUGGGUCGAUUGCAACCAGAAGUGGCAGACCAGCUGGGGCAUGACCGCCCUGCCCAACUACACCGCGCUGAUCAUCGGAAUCGUCGGUGUGGCGAUGUAUCAGCCGCAGACCCUCGAGGUUGUCGGCUUUCCACGAAACAUGCUGCAGUACGGCAUUUGGCUCAUCGUCCAGGGCUUUGUCGGUGACUUCGGCUACUGUGGCAAGCUGGGUGUUGUGACGGGCUAUGUGUCCUGCAUCCUCGGCGUCAUUUGCAUAGUCGCCUCCGCCUUCGACAUCAAGUCCACCCGAAUGAGGAACAUUGAGAAG